CAAAAGUUAAAAUAAAGUUCUUUGUAACUGUAAGAGAGAGAUCAUUGUUGCUUCUCCACCUCUUUUUGCUUAUGAAAACUGAAAUUCUGAAGAAGUUGAAUUCUGAACCUGGUGCCCAAUCUUACUGAGGGAUGGGGGGAAAAGAAAACUAGAAAAACACACACCACCAUAUUGAACUGGAGCAUUACUGAUAGGACAUUUUGGCAUAAGAGAAGAGUUUGCAAAGAUUUGUCCAUAACAAUAUCACAAAUUCUUCAAAUCUGAACCAUGGGCAGGCCCAGGAAAACCCCUGACUAUGUGUCAUCGCCUCGACCUGCCGCUGCAGCGCCCAAAGCCGCCCCGGCAGCCCCUCAGUCUUCUGCCUCCUCCAAGACCCUUCCUGCAAAGAGUAGAACCGCGAGUGCUCCCACGCCUAAGAGUGAAGGUGGCAAGCCAGGACGGGCAGAAAAGCCUGCCUGCACCGCGAGUGCCCAGGGAACAAGUCAGAGUUACCCAGUGAGGUCCGCGGCGGCAUAUGGCGGUGAGCAAGGAGACACCAGGAGCAGCCGUGGAGCGAGAUCCAAGACCGUCGCAGCAGCUGGAGGAGUCCAGUCUCAUACCGAAGCCUUUGCAAGCGCCGGUGCUUCCAAAACCCCAGGCAAAGCCGCCACAUCCCAAGGCAAAGCAAAUCAUCUUCCCUCCCCCUUUCCCACUACAAAAGUGGCUGAAAUAGAGAAAGAGACGCGGGGUCAGCGAAUGAACCCUGAAUGGCACAAGUGGCGGGAAAAUCGCAUCACAGCCUCCAUAGCUCCCAAGAUCGCCAACAGCAAGUUCGUGAAUGGCCGGAGCUCCGAGGUGCCUCAGUCGUACCUUAAAGCUGUUGUAGAAUCUGGCUCCGGUGUACAGACCCCGGCCAUGUCUUGGGGCGUCCGUAACGAGCAGAAAGCAGUGCAGGCCUACGAAGUGCUCAAGUCCAGCAAGGCUAGCAAGCCGGUGAAGGUUGAUCAUUGCGGCCUCUUCGUUGACAAAGGGAAGGCCUGGCUAGCCGCCAGCCCUGACGGGAUUGUCAAAGAAGCAGAUACGGGCAAGGAACUUGGGGUUUUGGAGGUCAAGUGUCCCUAUAAACACCGAGACAAGACGGUGACGGAAGCUUGUAAAGACAAAGCCUUCUGCCUGGAGAAAGAGGGCAAUUCCUUCUCGUUGAAAAAAACCCACCCCUAUUACACGCAAGUGCAGUGCCAGAUGGGAGUCACUGGCCUUGAAAAGGCAGACUUCGUGGUUCACACCAACAAAGAGACUGUGAUUGCCCCGGUAGAUUUUGAUCCAGCUUUCUGGGAGAAAACGGUGCCUAAGCUGGAGAAGUUCUACACUGAUGCCGUAGUCCCUUUUCUGGAGAAGAAGGAAAGUGCUGCAGUCUGGGCUAAAGAAGAAUGAGGCUGCUGAGAGAUCCUUAACUUUCUCCUUCACUGGAAGAUGUGCCUUUAACCCGUUACCUAUACUCACUCCUUUCUGGUUGCUCACCCAGCCCUUCUGUGCCUUAACAAAAUUUUGCAAAUAGUUAGGGAACAACCUAGUGUUGUCUGCCAUGUUGCCUGCCCUCUCCACUUUCCUGGGCAUUAGUGUUGCAGAAUAGCAGAGAUUCAACAGCUAUGUUCAUCCUCUGUCCAUGAUGGAUAAUAAGUAUGCUAUGCAUUCUCUUGUUGCUUGCAGAGCAGAUAAGGCUGCACACUACUGUCCUGCCAUUUCUUCUGCUUGGUUGCAGGUAUGCUGCCCCACCUGCCUGUCCUCACUUUAAUGGGCCAUGCAGCAAGGAUAACAUAACAGCAGGUGUGUCACAGGGCAUACAUGGAAUUGCUACUCACCCCAGGCAACUGGCGGUUGCACCACUGACUUCACAAUUCCAGCUUCGUUCCUAUAUAAUUUCGACAUGGGCGUUUAAGCUUUUUGAGAAUCUGGUGGUGGUCCGACUUCUCUCUUGCAAGGCAGAGCACAUUCUUUAUGGUACAUUUAUAGUAUUUCCUUGAAGCUGUGCAGAAGGCUUUGCUUUUCGAAGAAAUGGCUCUUGUGAUGAUGAUACUUACUGAGUUAGAAGAAGAAGAAGGAGAAGAAAAAGAAGGAGGAUGGAUGUAUGGAUAGUUGAGAGUCAAGCGGGCUUGAGCAUAAAUCGAGACCAAAUUGGAAUCUGCAAUUCACCUCUAUCUCAUCAAUAUAUCCCAGUGAAUUAUGUGGAGGUUCUCUCUUGAGAAAGUGUGCAUAAAGACAGGUUACCAGUUACCUUUUGAGUUAAGUUUCUUGCUGAUAUCAAAGACGAAAAAAUGCAUAACCUUAAAUAGUAAGAUGCACUGUGUUCUCCAGUGAGUCAGAUAGGAGGCGCCUUUCCCCCCGCUCUCAUCUCACUUAAAUGGGUUUUCUAUGCUGCUAUGUUAAGAGACUGCCUUUCACUGCAGGAGAACCAAUAUCUUUGCUUUUGAAGGCACCUGUAUCUUAGGAAGUCAAAAUAUCUGUUUCAUUUAUGUUUAGAAAAUUAUCUUUGGAUUAUUGCAACUUUGUUUAGAACAUAAACUUACCUAAUAAGACAUAGCAAGCUAGUCCAAUUGUAGAGUGUGAUUGCUUUCGUUUGCCCAUGGCUUCUCUUAUGUAAAAUGAAGCAUUAUAUCCAAAUAAAAACAUUAACUUCA